CGAGACAGCUUACUUCCUGUUUGUCUUUGUCCCGUGGAGACGCCACGGACCAGCUGGAGCAGAAGGUGAUCGAGUUCUUCGUCAACGCCAAGAAGAACAAGCCCGAGUGGAGGGAGGAGCAGAUGGAGGUCAUCAAGAAGGAUUAUUAUAAAGCUUUGGAAGACGCAGACGAGAAAGUCCAGCUGGCCAAUCAGAUUUAUGAUCUGGUGGACCGUCACCUGCGUAAACUGGACCAGGAACUGGCCAAGUUCAAGAUGGAGCUGGAGGCCGACAACGCCGGCAUCACCGAGGUCCUGGAGAGACGGUCUUUGGAGAUGGACAGUCCGUCUCAGCCGGUCAACAACCACCACGUCCACUCACACACGGCCGCUGAGAGUAAGUACUGAUCCGCCUGGGACUGGGUCCAGGUCUGUGCUCCCUGUUACGGCUCUGACAUCAUCACUGUUAACGGUGAUGAUGUCAGAGCCGUUAACGGUGAUGAUGUCAUCCCUGUUAACGGGAGCUCUUGUUAACGGUGAUGAUGUCAUCCCUGUUAACGGGAGCUCUUGUUAACGGUGAU